AUGUUGCAGCGCUGGUUAGACUAUCAAAUGCGAUGGGAUCCUAGAAUGUACGGAGGUAUAGAAACGAUUCGAGUUCCUCCAGACAAAGUUUGGUUGCCCGACAUCGUACUUUUCAACAAUGCUGAUGGGAAUUACCUUGUCUCGUUCUACUCCAAUGUAGUCGUCGAACACACUGGAGAAAUGCUAUGGGUCCCACCAGCCGUAUAUAAGUCCAGUUGCAUAAUUGACGUAGAAUACUUUCCCUUUGAUGGUGGGUGGAAUUAUAUUCAGAUAGAUAUAUGA